AUGCACACCGCCAACGUAACACAGCAAAUCCAUUCCAUCCCAUCGCUCGAUCACCACCAAAUGGCAUCAGUGGCUCGAAACAUUUCAGCGCCUCUGGACAAGCGCCUUACAAACUCUGCACCCAGGUGGCGAUCGAGACGUUUGAAAAAAUGUGAUCGACGGAUUCGGGGGACGACGAGGACGACGGCCCCGCAACACUGCCACUCGGCGACUGCUGCAGGAGGCUGGCUUGAGAGUCGAACCGACGAAGCAUGUCGACCUCUCCCCUGUGAAUCCAUAGACCCCCUUGGCGGCGUCCAGCGACGACGAGGUCAGACCAGGUCCCCGUCAACGCCCGAGCUUGCAUUGUCAGCCGGACGUCGGGUUGUCGGGGAUGGAGCGAUGAGAUGA